CACGUGCAUACAGACAACCUUUACGUGGGAUGAGCGAUGCAUGAGGGUUUAACGACCUUCUUCUUCCGGCAGCUGUACGACCGAAGCGCAGAUCAGUGCAACCCUGCGUGAUAAAGAUUCCAUGUCGCAGAUAUGCGUAGUAGGGCUCGGCCACUCGUUUACGAUACUCACUCACCACUAUCGACGGUGCAGACAAGCCCUUCCACUGCGGGCACCAACACGCCUGCUUCCGACCUCAGAAUCUUCGCUCGGUAUAUCUUCCUUGCACCGUGGUGGCCUUCGAGUUCCGCGACACUGCCAAUCAACUGCACACCACAUCCACGACGUAACCACAACGUCAGCAGUAUCCUAGUCCCCACAAACCCGCACCACCCCCAAACUCACCUGCGAAAAAAAGAGAGGUUGAAGCGCCGUCCUCAACAGAGUAAUCGGAAUCGAAUGAUACCCUUGCCCGCCCCCAAAACCCCCACAAGGAGGGGAAAGGAAGCAGAGCGCAGAUACGCCGCAUAUUGCACUGAAGUGAUCGUGCCUUCCCCCCUCCGCAAAAAGAGAGAGAGAAAGACACACACCAUCUUCGCACCGGCUCCCAUAGCCCCAAGACGCCCACGCGAAAGGCGAGGGCGCGGGGGCUGAGAUUUCUGAUGCCAAAUGCAACCGUGUAGGAAGACUGUCACGGCAGGCCCUCACGGGCGGUUUGCCUAUUCACCAUCGCCCUAGGGACGAGGUGAGAGGCAAGGUUGGGGUGAAGAUUACUCCGAAUUUCUCAUUUGCUGGGGGGGGACGAACGCAGUCUUGCGACUGGUUGUCGGUGUGUGAGCAAAGAAAUGCGGCAUUGGAGAGGACGGCGCUUGGGGGAGGGGAAGAGGG